UCAAAAUAUAUUUGAUGCGUCUGGGCCUGUCUUGUUGCUAAAUUUUUGUUGUGUGUGGAUUUAGGUGAAACAUCAAUCUUGGUGUAUUUCUUAAUAAUAUUAAGUUUCGAUUGUUAUCCUUCUGCGUAUUUAUAUUGAUAAUAGAAUAAUUAAUAAAAGCUUCUCUGUUUCCCAUGUUUCAUGCCCCGGAGUUCGUCUAAAAUACUCCAAUAUAGUUUAGGAUUAUUAUCACGUAGAGUGUCUAGCUGUUCAAGGAUAGAUUGUCUAUAUUGUCUAAAUCUUAAUUUCCUUAUUUCUUUAUACUCCCUAUAAAGCUUAAAUAAUAGUGAAUUUCACUGCAUGUAGACAUGUAGUCGUUUGGAAAUUUUGAUUUUAAUUGACCAAAUACAAGCUGCUCAUUAUGACAUAUUUUCAAAUCUUGGUCAUACGAAUUUUUCUUUUGGUUUGUUAGGAGUUUUGUUAAUUUUCCUUUUCUUUGUAGAUACAUUAAAAAGCUGCUGAUAAAAUCAGUCCUGUAAGCUCUGUCGCAGCUUCAUCUACUGAUACCAGAAUUCUAUUAAUAAUUUUUUCACUGUACGCAGACAUCCAUAUGAUAUCAUGCAUCACUGUAUAUGAUAAAUAUUUCCCAAAUAUUAAAGUUGGUCACUCAUCAGGAAAAUAUUGGUCACAGUGGCGGAUCUAGAGGGGAUCCCCCCUUCCCCUUGCUUUGAUUGAAACAUUUUAUCAAAAAGGGCCAUUCAUGCCAUUUUGGGGGCUUCAGCCCUAUCCUCCCUUUUUGGACGAAAAAGGUGCAAAUUUGGGUUGAACCUCCCCCCCCCCCCCCCCCCCCACCCCUGAAUUUUUUCUGUAUCCGCCCCUGUGCAUUUGAGCGAGUCUGAUUGAAUGUAUCUUUAAAGCUUUUAUGCACGCAAGUUUCGUCAUUGUAAAAUGUACAGGUACUAUGAAAUGAACCUGCUCGUAAAUAGCUAGUUAUAAGCAUCUUAACAUGCAUAAUCAAUUUUUAAAAGUUUUAUUAUAUUAUCACAUAGAACUCGAGUUACUUGGGAUUGAACUUGAAAAUUUAUUUAGUGACUCAAUGACAAGCAUUCAUCGGAAUUUCCCCCUUUUUUAAAACCUAAAUAGAUUUUUUUUUUUAACUCAUUGCACAAUGACACCUACAAGAUAUGCACGAUGAUAUGCAGAAAGAGUUCCCAUGACCUAAAAGAUCCAACAGGUUUACGUAAUAACAUGCCCAAAUUUUCUUGGGUAUAAUUAUACAAAAUUUCAAAUGUGUACAUUAUAAUUGCAUUUACCGAAAUUAGUCUUUGCAAUUAUAAAAUUUGUAAUAACGUGAAUUUCGUAAUUAUAUUUGGGGGGGGGGGGGGGGGGUUACCACAUUACUCACAUGUAAUUUCAGAUUAUCAAUUGGAUUGCAAAUUAUCAAUUUGAAAUGAUAUAUUAGAAUUUAUUUCUAAUUACAAGUUAGAUCUUUUUGUUUCUUGAAAUUACUCAUGUGAUACUUCAGUAUUGUACUAGCAAAAAGGUGCAUCUUCCUCUCUUUUUUAAUAUGGAGAUAAAUUAUUUUUAUUCACACUAAACUUCACAACUGCGCAGUGUGGAAAUUAUGCUUCCUCAAUACUUUCAUUGUUUUCAUAUCCCCAUGAUAUUUAUUCCUUAUACCCAGUAUUGAUGAUUUAACUUGGUUCUUUUCAAAUGAGUUGAAAUGUCAGUCAUUUUAUCGAGAAAUAAAUAAAUUCAUAAAUUAGCAUGGAUUACACUGUAUUAUUGGCAGAACAGUAUUCGUGCAGAUUGAUAUAAUUAUAUUUCAUUUUCAAGGGAAGAUGUUAUACCCGGCGUGCAGAUCAUGCUACAUGUAAAUAAAUGAUCCCCUUAAGUAGUUUUCAUCGUUAGUGACAUAUCGGCAGACACACGCCGAAAGUGAUUGAUGCUCAACAUCCUAUUUCUGUGGCAAAUCAAUACAGUAUCCUGGAUCAGGUCAACGAUGAAUUCAGAUGAACCAUCUUCACGUAAACCACGUGUACAUCUCUUUCUCCCUCUCACUUUAUGAAAAGCAUAAGCAAACAUGAAAUUCAUGAUAAAAUUAAUCACCUAAAAUCAUUGUACGCAGUGUAAUGAAUAUUUAUAUUAAUCGUACGAAAGGUCAUGUACCCAAAAACUGUCUAUCAAAUAUAAAUAUUUAAUGAUAACAAAAUUGUUAAAUACACUUUGAUUGGAUGUUGACCUUAUCAGUUUUAUUUUACACAAACAAUGAAUUUUGCAUUAUUGUGACGUCAUAAUAGACAAACGUUGCAAGGGGAAUGAAUAGAGGGGAAACUCUAACUCCACGUGAGUUUCUGCGAUUAGCAGAAUUUUUCUUAUCAUUUGGUUACCGAUUAGGUUCAACAAUAGGAGAAGGAACUUAUUCUAAAGUUAGAGCUGCCGAAAGAACGAGUAAUGGUGAGACACUGGCUGUAAAAAUGAUAGACAAAAGAAAUGCAAGGAAAGACUAUGUUGAGAAGUUUUUACCGAGGGAACUUGAAAUUGCAACACUUGUGAAACAUCCGAAUGUCAUCUGCACUUAUGAAGUGUUACAUCACGGAGAUUGUGUUUAUCUUAUGAUGGAUUAUGCUGCAAAAGGUGAUUUACUGCAGUUAAUUCAAACAUGCGGAUAUCUGUCUGAGGAAGAUGCUAAACGAAUGUUCAGAGAAAUGGUGGAGGCUUUAAAAUAUUUGCAUAAUCUUGGAGUCACUCACCGCGACUUAAAAUGUGAAAAUAUCUUAAUAAUGAGUGACAAGAGAGUAGCCAUUUCAGACUUUGGUUUUUCUCGUUUAUACCUCGAUGUGCAGCAUAGUGACGUCAUUAAGUGUAAAACUUACUGCGGCAGCAGAGCGUAUGCUUCCCCGGAACUUCUGAGUGGAUCACCUUAUGACCCCAGAACUAAUGAUGUGUGGAGUCUGGGGGUUGUUCUCUUUGUCAUGAAUUGUGGAACAAUGCCUUUUGAUGACAGAAACCUUAAUGCAAUGCUUAAAAAGCAGAUUUCAGAGGGUAUAUCUAUUCCCGACAAAGUGAAAGAAAGGAUUUCAUCACUGUGUGUGGAGAUCAUCAAUAAAAUUCUUGAUCCAAACACCAAAUCAAGGCUAGGAGUUUUGGACAUUCUUAGUAGUCAGUGGUUCAAAAGUUGACUUUAUUUUAGUAACAUUUUGUUUACAGUUUACAUAUGGUAAUUAAACUCUAAUUGCAUUAGAGAAGUUAUAGGCUAUUUUUAAGAAGUUUUCAUUUCUUUGCGUAUCCCUACUUCGCACAAUAUCUGGAAAUUUCUUGAAACCAUUUUAUUUCUUCAUCGCAUUUUGAAUAACAUUCUUGUACGUGUGUCAAAUUGAAAAAAAAAUUUUAACAGUAAUGGGUGGUAGCAAAUACGAAAUCAACAUGACAAAUAUAUUUAUGUUGUAACUUUUGUACUUAUAUCAAGUCAGUAUAAAUUAAAAAUAAAUUAGUACAUUUCCUGAAA